AAUGAACGUUUUUGUAGUUCUGAGUUGAGGGUUUGAACUACAUUUUCCACAAGAUUGUCAGUUACGUACUUCCGUGGUUCAUUGCGUAUUUCCUGUAUCGGUUGGCAGCAGGCAACGCCGGAGUGUGUUUAUUGAGUUGGAUCAAGAAGUACUCGAACAAUUUGGAUAUCUGUUUCGGGCGUUUCAUCAUGAAGAAACAGGACACACAAGAGUCGUCCACGCAGGGCAGUGAUGCAGCACCUGGCACGGGAGAGAUGGAGGCAAGCAAGGUUACAGAGACCAGUAGCCCAAAAGAGCAAGAGCAGGACAUGCCUUCACAAGCUGAUGGUGCUGAAAGCGCAGUGGCUGUCGUUUCCAACACAGCAGAGUCUGCAGCCGUCCCACCUGUAGCAGACCCUGUACCAGUCUCCACUGUAGCAGACCCUGUACCAGUCUCCACUGUAGCAGACUCUGUACCAGUCUCCACUGUAGCAGACCCUGUACCAGUCUCCACUGUAGCAGACCCUGUACCAGUCUCCACUGUAGCAGACCCUGUACCAGUCUCCACUGUAGCAGACCCUGUACCAGUCUCCACUGUAGCAGACCCUGUACCAGUCUCCACUGUAACAGACCCUGUACCCCUCCCGGUCUCCACUAUAGAGGAGGGGGUGUCGUCUCAAUGUGACAUGGCUGAGGAGCUGAGCCGCCAGCUGGAGGACAUCCUCAACACCUACUGCUUGGAGGACAACGGGGAGGACGGAGUUAACCUGCCCAACGGCCAAUCAUACUGCCCCAUGCUCAACGGCCUGGCCAAUGAGGAGUUGGAUGCCAAGCCGGAGGAGGUCAAAGUGAACGCCGGCGGAGUGGAGAAAGUGAAGAUUCAAGAGAAGAAGAAGGUGAAGGGGCUGGGUAAAGAGAUCACCCUUCUGAUGCAGACCCUGAAUACUCUGAGUACUCCAGAGGAUAAACUGACAGGCCUCUGUAAGAAGUAUGCUGAACUGCUGGAGGAGCGGCGGAACAACCAGAAGCUAAUGCGGGUCCUGCAGAAGAAACAGUCUCAGCUGGUGCAGGAGACGGACCACCUGAGGAACGAACACAGCAAGACCAUCCUGGCACGCAGCAAACUGGAGUCACUCUGUCGGGAGCUGCAGAGACACAACCGCACACUCAAGGACGACGGGAUGCAGCGUGCACGUGUGGAGGAGGAGAAGAGGAAGGAAGUGACGGCACACUUCCAGGUGACUCUGUAUGACAUCCAGGCCCAGAUGGAGCAGCAUGACGAGAGGAAUGCCAGUCUUAGGCUGGAGAACUCUGAGCUGGCAGAGAAGCUCAAGAAACUCAUCCAACAGUACGAACUACGAGAGGAGCACAUUGACAAGGUGUUCAAGCAUAAGGAACUGCAGCAACAGUUGGUGGAUGCUAAGCUACACCAGGCUCAGGGUUUGCUCAUAGAGUCAGAGGACCGCCAUCACAGAGAGAAGGACUUUCUGCUGAAGGAAGCGGCAGAGUCUCAGAGGAUGUGUGAGCUCAUGAAGCAGCAGGAGGUGCAUCUCAAACAACAGCUGUCCUUAUACACAGAGAAGUUUGAGGAGUUCCAGACGACUCUGUCCAAGAGCAACGAGGUGUUCACCACAUUCAAACAGGAGAUGGAGAAGAUGACAAAGAAGAUCAAGAAGCUGGAGAAGGAGACGACCAUGUAUCGUUCCAGGUGGGAGAGCAGCAACAAGGCCCUGCUGAACAUGGCUGAGGAGAAAACUCUGCAGGAGCGUGAGUUUGACAGCCUCCAGGGGAAGGUAGGGAGGCUGGAGAAGCUUUGUCGGGCAUUGCAGAACGAACGCAACGAACUCAGCAAGAAGGUACAGGGCCUUAGCGCCGGCCCCGAGGACGACACCAGCCCAGGAGAUGAAUCCACCUCCCUCCCCCCCAUAGACUCCCAGGAGCCCAGCCCAGACCCCGACACCACCACCCCUAGUUCCCCCACACCCUGCUGCCACUUCAGCCCAGAGUUGGACACUGAGAACCAGGCCUGUGCAGCCCCCCUCACUGCCCAGGAAUGAAACCUCUCGCCUGGGCAACAACGCUCACACUCUCCUCUUCACCAACCAACUUCCAGCCUGCAAGCCAAGCCACUACUAACAUAGGCGAUAAGAGUGUGGGUCUGUGUAAAUUCCCUCAAGAAUAAGAUGAAGUUGUCCCCUAACCACAGAUCUAGAAUCAGUUUCCAUUUGAUCCAUCCUAACUAAAAACCCAAUAGGGCGAUGCAAGAGAACCUGAUCCUGGAUUUGUAGUCGGGUAGCAGCGUCUACUUGCUCUGGUUCCCGCCUGGAGAGUUGAAGGUGAUGUCAGUCAGGGGAGAUUGUGCCGCCUUGAAGGUUCUUAUCCUGCGUUUUUUUUGUCCUUUCCUUUCAGAACUCCUGUACGCAAUGUUCAUGUAAAUCACAAGCUAAGGAAAGCCUGCUCCCCAAUUGGCAUCCUAUUCCCUAUAUAGUGCCCUAUAUUUCACCAGAACCAUAUGGGAAUAGACUGUCACAAUUGGCACCCUAUUCCCUAAAUAGUGCCCUAUAUUUCACCAGAACCAUAUGGGAAUAGACUGUCACAAUUGGCACCCUAUUCCCUAAAUAGUGCCCUAUAUUUCACCAGAACCAUAUGGGAAUAGACUGUCACAAUUGGCACCCUAUUCCCUAAAUAGUGCCCUAUAUUUCACCAGAACCAUAUGGGAAUAGCCUGUGUCACAAUUGGCACCCUAUUCCCUAAAUAGUGCCCUAUAUUUCACCAGAACCAUAUGGAAAUAGACUGUGUCACAAUUUGCACCCUAUUCCCUAAAUAGUGCCCUAUAUUUCACCAGAACCAUAUGGGAAUAGGCUGUGUCACAAUUUGCACCCUAUUCCCAAAAUAGUGUCCUAUAUUUCACCAGAACCCUAGAUGAUGUUGGACCACAAGAGUAUUUAGUAGGUGUGUGCCUGUCUCCAUCGGUCUUUCGUGUGUGUCCGUGAUACAGUGAAGCAGCAGAUGUCUGGCCACAGUUGGACUUCAACCCAGAGCAUGUAGGGAUCAUCACCUUUUCAGUUCAAAGAUCAGUGUGUAUAUCUCUAGGUUGGGGAUGUCACUUUUUUUCAUUCUGUUCUAGAUAUCAUUGUUUAUCCUAGAACCAGAGGUCCAGAGCGUUAAUGGAUAAUGUACGUAUUCUGUAGGAAUCUUGCGCAAUCGGUGGAUCUACAGAAAGUACUCUAACCAAGGGGUGUGUAAUGUCUCGGAACCAACAGGAAGCUAAUAGGGCAAACCAGGGAAGGGACUAAACUGAACUUGUCCAAUAUGAAACGUGUUUUCCAUUGCAAAAUGUUUCACUACAGUGUGCACUACUGAAUACACCCCAAGAAUAGAGGGAAUAGCCUUGUGUUUUGGUUUGUUUCUUUAUAUCAUGUUACACAGCAGAGUUUGUAGACUGUUUUUUGAUAUGUUAUUUUAACACCUGUGUAUCUAAUGGAGAUUCACCACUAUAUAUAGAUAUCAGUCCAAAAAAAAACGAAUGGUUAACUAAUUGAGAUUGUUUUUUUUCGUCAUCAUUCCCACAAUAUGCAUGUAUCCAUUCCACACGCUCAUAUUCCUUGUUUUCCCAAUGUCAUUCUACAACAUUUGAUCCGAUGGAAUGUUUUUUUCAUGCUGCCUUUCCUUGCUAUCAUGAGCCAUGUAUAUGUUUAAGAUGUAAGAUUCCAUUAACCACUAAAACAGAUAUUGAAAUGUACUGACCAAGGUUGGCUACCAAUAAUUAAUGCCUGUGUGUGGGUGAGUGAGUGUACGUAUCUUAGCAAGAUUUGUUGAAUCACAACUCGGAUAGUUCGAUUUGUUAAUCAGGUGCAAGUAAUAAAAUAUUUUAACUGAUAUAUCUAUGCAA